CCGAGGGGGCCGAAGGUCCUGCGCGCCCCAGUACCCGAGGCCCCGCCGCAGGCGCCCGGGGAGCCCGGGAGGCCGCGCCCACCGCCUGCCCAGCUUCCUCGCAGGCCCUUCCGCGGAGGCGGCGGCGGGCGGGUGGGAGAGUCGCCUCCCGGGGCCCCGGACGGGCCUGACGACCCCCUUCGUCCCAGCGGCCCCGGGACGCCCAGCCUGGACACCCCGCUCAUUGUCUCUGGACACGGCCCCCUUCCCUCCGCCCGCGUGCAAGUGGGCGCGCCAUUGGCCGCGCCGGGCGGGGUCGGUGACCUCAUUGCAGUGCCGGGGACGCCUGGCUGGCGCGGAGUCCGGGGUCCCCCCUGUGGGGGCUCUCCCUGAUGGGGCGCGGGCCGCCCGGGGGCCUGGUGCAGUUCCCGGGGACUGGGGGAGGGCCGGAGAGCUAUUUCUGGCCGGCCUUGUCCCAGGCGGUUCGCGGGGACCAGGCAUUCCUGGGAAGAGCGGCCACUCCUCAGCGGGUCGCCUGCGUCCUGGCGGUGGAGGCUGCAUCUGUGCCCAGAACCAGCCUCCCCAGAAGGCUUGGGACCUCACAGCCAGGCCAGGGGCAGGUCCCCCCGGCUCAGUGGCAGGGUCUGCUCCUGCCACUCCUCGUGUAUUAGGCCCCAGCUCCGUCACGGAGGGUGACUCUCAGCUCAGUGGUCAGGUCUGGACCCCCCCCAGCUCCAUGGUGCCUCUUUCCCAGGCUGUGGCUGCUGCUGUUUGCCGGGGUGGGGAAGGCCAGCGAUGGGUCUGGAGGUAAGGCCAGAAAUGUCCUCUGCCUUGGGAGGCCAAGGCGGGUGGGUGACCUGAGUUCGAGACCAGCCUGGCCAACGUGGCCAAACGCUGUCUCUACUAAAAAUACGAAAAGUAGCUGGCAGAGGUGGCAGGCGCCUGUAAUCCCAGCGACUCAGUAGGCUGAGGCAGGAGAACUGCUUGAACCCAGGAGGUGAAGGCUGCAGUGAGCUGAGAUCCAGGCAUUUCACUCCAGUCUGGGUGAUCAGAGCAGAAAAAAACAAAAUCACUGGGCGAGGUGGUGGUUCACACCUGUAAUCUUAGCACUUUGGGAGGCUGACGUGGGCGGAUCACGAGGUCAAGGGAUCAAGACCAGAUUGGCCAACAGGAUGAAACCCCGUCUCUACUGAAAAUACAAAAAUUAGCCAGGUGUGGUGGCAGGUGCCUGUAAUCCCAGCUACUCGAGAGGCUGAGGCAGGAGAAUGGCUUGAACCAGGAGGAGGUUGCGGUGAGCCGAGAUCGCACCACUGCACUCUAGCUUGGUGACAGAGCGGGACUCCAUUUCCUCCCCUUCCCCCACCAAAAAAAAAAAAAAGUAAAAAAGAAAAACAAAGAAAUGUCCUCUGCCUUGCCCCACCCUAGCCCAGACCAAAAUACCAGGCUUGGCCAGUCCUAUUCUGCCUCCAGAAUGAACCUCGCGCACUCUGGCCCUUGGGCCAGACCUGCAACCUGUGACCUGACGUGCCCUUGUCCCUCUAGCCUAGACUCCUGGGGAGCUUCUGUCCACCUGUCCUACCGAGGAGUCGUUCCCAGCUGGCUGUGGAGUGCUGGGCAGGGUGGGGCAGAGCAGGCGGGGCAGUUAAAGUCCAGGCUUGGCUGUGCUGUCUGGAAACGCCGCCCGGGGCGCUCAGCUGCUGUCUGCACCCCACCCCUCCGCUUUCUCUGAGUGGCCUCCUCCACCCUCACUGCAGGCCUGUAGACUACCAGCCUGUGACGUGGGCCCCUGGGAAUGCUAUGGGGGGCGGGCAGACCGGCCUGAGCUCACUGGAGGGACCUGCUAGGGCCUCCUCCCCCGGCUGUCUGCUGGGGUGAGUCAGCAGUGAUGGUUGGAGGCCCUACAUGACCCCCGUCCUGUCUGGGGUCACCAGGGCUCUAUCCUGGCUGUACUGCGUGAGGCUCAUGAGUCGCUAGCCCCAGGAUGGGAGAGUUCAACGAAAAGGCAACAUGUGGCACCGUUUGCCUCAAGUACCUGCUGUUUACCUACAACUGCUGCUUUUGGCUGGCCGGCCUGGCCGUCAUGGCAGUGGGAAUCUGGACGCUGGCCCUCAAGAGUGACUACAUCAGCCUGCUGGCCUCCGGCACGUAUCUGGCCACAGCCUACAUCCUGGUGGUGGCGGGUGCUGUCGUCAUGGUGACUGGGGUCCUGGGCUGCUGUGCCACCUUCAAGGAGAGGCGGAACCUGCUGCGCCUGUACUUCAUCCUGCUCCUCAUCAUCUUUCUGCUGGAGAUCAUCGCUGGUGUCCUCGCCUACGCCUACUACCAGCAGCUGAACACGGAGCUCAAGGAGAACCUGAAGGACACCAUGACCAAGCGCUACCACCAGCCGGGCCACGAGGGUGUGACCAACGCUGUGGACCAGCUGCAGCAGGAGUUCCACUGCUGUGGCAGCAACAACUCACAGGACUGGCGGGACAGCGAGUGGAUCCGCUCAGGGGAGGCCGGUGGCCGUGUGGUCCCCGAUAGCUGUUGCAAGACGGUGGUGGCUGGCUGUGGGCAGCGUGACCACGCCUCCAACAUCUACAAGGUGGAGGGCGGCUGCAUCACCAAGCUGGAGACCUUCAUCCAGGAGCACCUGAGGGUCAUUGGGGCUGUGGGCGUUGGCAUUGCCUGUGUGCAGGUCUUCGGGAUGAUCUUCACCUGCUGCCUGUACAGGAGCCUCAAGCUGGAGCACUACUGACCCUGCCCCGGGCUUGGCCACGCUGGAGGUGCCUUGCUGCUGCUGCACCCAACUACUGAGCUGAGACUACUGAGCGCCAGGGCUGGGCUCCCGAUGCCUCCCACCCUGUGCUAUCGCCAGGGCCUCUGGGGACCCAAACCCCAGAGGCAGCUUCAAGUGCCUUUUGCUGCACACCAAAGUCCGGAGGCCUGAGCCCAGCAGCGGGGGCGCUGGCUGUGUGAUGGCAUGGGGGGUGGGGUGGACACACCCCGCCUGGCGGUCAGAAGCAGGCUGGAAGGGGCCUUGGUGAGUGGGGCAGGGCCAGGUGUUCCCUUCAGGUACUGGGGUUUUGCCUUGUGAGCUCUGACCCUUGGGCCUGCACCUCUGCCCCUCCCGACUCAGGGCUCCUCUGCCCUGACAGCCAGACCCCCUGCACUUUCCCACCACUGACACCCCCACCCGAGAUGCUGUGUGGUCACUGCUGUGCCUGUGUGGGGCGGGGGCUUAUUCACUGCUGUGUCCCAGAUGCCUACAACUGUCCCUGCCACAUACAGGUGCUCAAUAAACACUUGUGGAACAGA